AUGGAUUACGACCUCAUUGAAGAGGGAAUGGAAGCCUUCCACUCGAUACACGAACGGUUGUCAUCAUACAUGGUGGAAAAAGAGGCUUACGAUCGCGCUGCGACCUUAGAGGUCGUCAAUGAAGAACUCGCUGAUCCGGAGGAUGACGAGGAAGUCCAUAUUCAGCUCGCUCCGGCGGCGCUGGACGAUACACCUCCCAAGGUCAAAGACCCUACUGAGAAGGUCAACCUGGGUACUGUAAGUGAGCCUAUGGAAGUAUUGAUCAGUGCUUACCUAGAGCCUAACGAGAAACAAAGGCUCAUCAAACUAUUGCUAGAGUUCAAGGAUUGCUUCGCGGAGAAGUAUGAGGACAUGCCCGGCCUGUCACCAGACUUGGUUUGUCAUCAAUUACCAACUCUUGCUGAAAAGAGGCCCGUCAAGCAGGAACCUCGACGAAUGAACUCCGAGACCCAGAUUCUGGUAAAGGAGGAGGUAGAAAAAAUGCACAAAUCCGGCAUCAUAAGGGUUGCCAAGUAUAACCAGUGGUUAUCUAAUAUAGUGCCUGUCCGAAAGAAAAAUGGCAAGCUGAGAGUCUGCGUUGAUUAUAGAGACUUGAAUCUCGCCACACCUAAAGACAUUCCGGUCGCUGAAGAGGACAGACACAAGACUGCUUUCCGCUGCCCUGGCUUCGCGGGAGUUUUCGAAUAUGUGGUCAUGCCUUUUGGCCUGAAGAACGCCGGUGCGACGUAUCAAAGAGCCAUGAACUUGAUCUUCCACGACCUACUGGGAAAGGUUUUAGAGAUAUACAUUGAUGACGUAGUCGUCAAGUCCCAGAAGCGAGGGGAUCACAUCGCGGAUCUCAGGAAAGUGUUUGAGCGCAUGCGCCGACAUAGACUCAAAAUGAACCCGGCCAAGUGUGUGUUUGGGGUUCAAGCAGGGGACUUUCUGGGGUUUAUAGUCCACCAGCGAGGAAUUGAGGUCCCAGAGGACAAGGCAAGCGCAGUCAUUAAUGCAUCUCACCCACGGACGAAGAAGGAAUUACAGCGUCUUUUGGGUAAGAUUAAUUUUCUAAGGCGUUUCAUAUCUAAUUCUGCAGGGAAAAUCCAGCCCUUCUCACCCUUGCUGAGACUACAAGGACAGAAUGAAUUUGUGUGGGAACCCAAGCAUCAAGAGGCUUUCGACAGUAUCAAGGCCUAUCUGGCAAACCCACCAGUCUUGGUUCCACCGAGAACCGGGGUCCCGUUGAAGCUAUAUAUCGCGGCAGCCGAUGCUUCCAUUGGUAGCCUGCUCGCUCAGGACGAUGAGGACGGUGUCGAACACGCUAUAUUUUAUCUCAGCCGUGUACUGACGGAUUGCGAGACAAGAACGGAUACUCUGGCCGGCGCAGGGAUUGUUCUGGAGAACCUCGCCGGUGAUCGUUUCUCUUAUUCUUUCCAGCUCACGUUCCAAUGUACUAAUAAUCAGGCCGAAUAUGAAGCUCUUAUCAUUGGACUCGAAGUCUUGUUGGAAAUGGGCGUCCGGGACGUUCAGAUUCGCGGCGAUUCUCAGCUCGUUAUCAAUCAGCUUCUGGAAAAAUAUCGCUGUACGAGUUGGCUGCUCAUCCCAUACCUGAAUCGCGCCAUCGAGCUUUUGGACCAGUUUACAGAUGUUGAUAUGGAACAUAUACCACGUGAACGUAACUUUGCUGCUAAUGAGCUCGCUCAGUUGGCUACAGGCAUUAGCUUGAAGUACGGAGUGCGCGAGCGCAUCCUGAAAGUUGAGCGUCGCACACUACCUUCGUGGCUUGCUCGACCUGAUCCUCCAGACGAUCCCGUGGUUGCGGUACUAGAACCCAUUGAUGUCGAUUGGCGGAUUCCACUGCUUGAAUACCUCAAACAACCAGACUCCAGCGCCGAUAGGAAAACUCGUUUCCUCGCACUGAAUUACUUCCUUAGAGGCGAUGAACUGCGCAGACGUGGAGAAGAUGGCAUAGAUUUUCGAUGUGUCUACGGUCGCGAAGCCAAGAGAUUGCUGCGCGAGGUGCACACAGGGAUAUGUGGAUCUCAUCAAGCCGGGCCUAAGAUGCGUUGGCUCCUCCGACGUCAUGGUUACUAUUGGCCUAGCAUUUUGAAGGACUGUUGGGCAAUGGACUUGAUUGGAAUGAUCCAUCCUCAUUCUUCCCUACAACACAAGUUUAUCAUCGUCGCCACUGACUACUUCACGAAAUGGGUUGAAGCAGAGCCUCUGAAGGAAGCCUCCGGCACUACCAUUCGCCAGUUUAUUUUCCGUAAUAUUCUCUGCAGGUUUGGCAUCCCUGAAGUGCUGGUAUCGGACAGGGGGGCAGCGUUCAUGGGAAGCCCCGUUGAGGAGCUGGUAAAUGACUUUGGCAUUCAAUUCACACAUAGUACUCCAUAUUAUGCUCAAUCUAAUGGUCAGGCGGAGGCGAGCAACAAGACAAUCAUCACCUUACUGAAGAAGAUGUUGGUGGAGAAUCCUCGACAGUGGCAUGAUACUUUGUACGAGACACUUUGGGCCUAUCGCACUUCUAAACGUAACCCUACCGCCACGACGCCGUACGCGCUUAUGUUUGGACAUGACGCUAUCUUACCAUUAGAAAUUAAUGUUCAUUCCUUACGAGUCCAAGAACAGCAUCACUUGAUUGGCGAGGAUUAUCGUAUCGCCCGCGCCUAUGACAAGAGGACGCGGGGUCGCAGUUUCAAAGAAGGUGACCUCGUUUGGAAGGCCAUUUUACCCUUCGGUGAAAAGGUAGCCGGUCGCGGUAAAUGGACGCCGCGAUGGGAGGGACCCUUUGUUAUCCACUGCAUAUUGGAGCGCGGUGCUUUUCACCUCAAAGACAUCGACGGUGAUCUCCAUCGCAACCCUAUUAACGGUCGUUUUCUGAAGAAAUAUUAUCCAAGUGUCUGGGAGUUUGACGAUCCUCCCGACUCUGUUCUUGGUCCGACUGGGGGGCAACCUUAA